AACAUCACUUCCUGUGUCACUUCAUGAGAUGCUAGCUACGCUAGAUUGUUACCACCUUUGAUUUUUAUUCUGUGUGAAACAUUGUUAUCUGUCACUUUUUUUAGCUAAACCGACAUCUUUACAGCUCCAUACUGUGCGUUGUUACCUUGAUUUAUCAACUUUAUUGUUUUAUUCAAGAUGGUGUUUUACUUCACAAGCGCUGUUGUGACUCCACCCUACACGAUCUACAUGGGAAAAGAUAAAUACGAAAAUGAAGACCUUAUAAAAUAUGGAUGGCCUGAAGAUAUUUGGUUUCACGUGGACAAGCUAUCCUCUGCCCAUGUGUAUCUCAGAAUGCCUAAGGGUAAAACAAUUGAUGACAUACCCAAAGAAGUCUUGGUGGAUUGUGCACAGCUGGUGAAAAAUAACAGCAUUCAAGGCUGCAAGAUGAAUAACAUCAAUGUUGUCUACACUCCUUGGAGCAACCUGAAGAAAACGGGAGACAUGGAUGUUGGUCAGAUAGGCUUCUUCCGGCAAAAAGAGGUUAAAAUUGUAGCAGUUGAGAAGAAGAUCAAUGAGAUCGUCAACCGGCUGGAGAAGACAAAAGACGAGCGACAUCCAGACCUGGCGGCCGAGAAAGAGUCCAGAGACCGCGAGGAGCGCAACGAGAAGAAGGUCCAGAUUCAGGAUCUGAAGAAGAAGGAGAAAGAGGAGAUGAGGAAAAAGAAGGAGGCUGAGGAGCUGAGGAAUUACACGUCGCUCAUGAGGAGUGAAAACAUGACCACAAAUGAGGACGGAAAUGACUCGGACGAGUUCAUGUAGACACAGGGACGGUCCGGGGGCGUUCGGCCAGCAAGGGAGCAGGGUGCGCCGUUCCAUACCAUUACUCUGACCUCUGCUGCCGUGCGUCCAUGUCAAAGGGUGUCGCGAGCGGGCUUUCGGAUGCGUGCGCUGAAUGAACAGAUGAACUUGGUCACUGUGUGAUUAUAUAUAUUAUAAAAAAUACAGUCGUGCCAAUUAAGCACAAUACCAAGACUAUGUCAGUGCUCAAGCAGCUACACUUUGUAUGGAGCUAUGAAAUAUAAAGGAAAAAACAAACAAACUAAGAUCACUACCGUUCUCCCUUAACCAGGCUCUGCUGAAAUGCCAGAAAAUACCUGUGAUGGUUUCAGGUUUUUGACAAUAAUGAACACGUCCUUUGUCCUGGAACCUUUUUGUUCUUAACCCUGAAGAUGUCUGAUAUUUGGUAAUGUUAAUGCUGCAUGUAGACCUAAACUCAUAGCCAACAGUCUUGCUCUGGCUCCGUUGCCCUGACAAUGGGUUUUAACAAGUAAACAGGAACAUGUGUAUCAUAUACAUCACCCUGAAUGCUGCUCCACAGAGCCAAGACCCAGAGAGUAACCUCAUGUUGUGACAGUCUAUCCAGGAAUUGCUCUUUGUCAGUGUGAUGGAGGAUGGUGACUGGUCCUAAUAAAGCUUUACCACCUUU